AUGGACGCACCACACUCAGAAACAGAAUUGUUUUCUGAUUUCAUGAAACUGACGUGUCCGACUACCGAAAUGGAUAAGGAGGCGGUCUACACCCGCCCACGCAAGCAUAACCGCGUUCGGUCCUCGCUCUUCAGGGUCCUCGGCGAGCAGCCACUGGACACGGAUCUGGGCAUACUCGAGAGAUUCCCCCACGAGAUAAAGUUCUAUAUUGCCCGGAAGUUUGACCUCAAGUCGGCGUUACGAUUCAGUCACGCGAAUCGAGCUGCUCGAGAUCUACUCAACGGCUGCAAAGAAUAUCGCCUGGUUGGUCAACACGCCCCGGAAUGCGUUUGGGCGUUCAUGCGUACAGACCUGGCCAAAUGCACCACGGUCACUGCCGUUUAUUCCGCGCUGGUCCGCCAACGAUGUGUAUCUUGCCGUCGAUUCGGAGGCCUCAUUUUUCUGCCUACCGCCGAAAGAGUUUGCUUCACUUGUGUGCAAACACGAUCACUAUUCCGUCUUUAUUAUCUCCAGACGAUCCAUGAUUGGUUCUCUGCCGGUGGAGUGCAAGUUCCGGAGAAAGAAGCUAUUGGCACCAUCACCUGUCCUCCAGGAUUCCAUAACGGAUCCAAAGAGCCGAAAGAGGCCCGGGCAAAGUUCAUAUCCGAAUUUCACGCCUUCAACUUUGCCGAGGCCAACGGGAUGAGUGUCCUCGAUGAAUCGGUCGAGGAAGGCUCCCAAGGGUAUAUCGAACCUAAUGAUCCGGAGCCCUUAGAUGGAGACGGAGACUCGGACUUGGAAACACCGGCAGUAGAUCUCGAGUUCGCGGAUGCAGACCAAGAGAUCCCACCCCAUCUUCAACUUGAAGAAGAUGAAGAAGAUGAAUCGGCGCUCGGUGAACCGGCACCAAAUCCGCUUCUAGCGUCGUGCAUGCUCCCAUACUUCAACCGCAAAACGCAUAAGGCGUUCCGCGGCCGUUCGUGUCGAGGUUGCAAGAAUGUCUGGGAAGAUCUCGCAACGGAUGAAAACCUCGCUGCUCGAGAACGUGCCUAUUUGGUCGAUGGAUUCUGGAAGCAUUUCCAAAAGUGCGAUGAGGCGCAGAGAUUGAUGGCCACCGACGAAGAGGAGACAGAGGGAGAGACCGUCACGAGCGAGGAGGAGACGGAGGGUGAGCUGUCGAGUCUCGAAGAAGAAAUCGAGGACGAGCUGUCAACCCUUGGAGAAGAAAUCGAGGACGAGCUGUCAUACCUCGGAGAAGAUCUCGAGGACGAGCUGUCAACCCUCGGAGAAGACAUAGAGGAGCACCUGGAAACCAGCGAAGAAGAGGAGACCGAAGAGGAGCGUGUCUCGGACUCUGAGUACGUAACCGCUGAAGAGUGGUGA